AUUGCGACUCCUAGCUGUACAAUAACUGACCUGAUCGCGCCCCCAAAAACCCCAUCCACGAAUAUUCCCGUUCAUUGUAGUUCGGGUCAAUUCGUUCUACGCCUCACCUUCUCUAUCCAACCCUCACUAUGGCGCCUACCCAGACGCGCGGCCGCCCGACAGGUCGCGAACCUAGAAAAGCUGCGACUGCCGCAGCUGCGAAAAAGGAUGCGCCCAUCACCGCUGCAGAGUCUGGAACCGGCACUACCCCCAAACGAGGUCGCGGGAGACCCCCCAAGAACGGCGUCAGCAAGGUCGUGAAGCCUUCUACCGGCCGCGGCCGUGGUCGUCCUCCGAAGGACCCGGCCGAGAAGGCUGCUACCGCCGCGAAGGCCGCCGCAACCAAAGCCAAAGCCGCCGCUACCAAGGUUCCUGGACGCGGUCGUGGUCGUCCUCGCAAGAGCGACGCUUCUACUGCUGCCGCGACACCCAAGAAGGCCGCUGCCACUCCCAAGAAGACUGCAUCUGCCAAUAAGUCCAGCACUGGCAAGCCCCGAGGACGGCCGCGAAAGAGCCAGGUUACUGAGAAGAGCGAUGCGUCAGGGCCCGAAGAGGAAGAGGUAGAGGUCCCGGAAAUUGUGGCUGAUGCUGAAGCUGACGAUGCCAAUAGUGAUAGUGACUCCAAACUCGGUGCCGAAGCUGAUAUUGAGGUGGGUGCUGCACCAGGCGAUGAGGAGAUGCCCGUUGUGGGAGAUAUUGAUCCUGAGUUGUCCUCAAUAGGAAAAUUAGGAUGGCCCCAAACCGGCCUCCUUAACAGGAAUGCUAGUCAGCUCUUGGCGGAGAUCAGUGGCGUUCAGGGUGGUUAA